AUGCUCGUGAAGACAGUUUCAACCAGACGGCUGUUUCCGGUCAAGGUCUUCUUGAUAUGGGAAUCCCAGAAAGCGACGAAGCUAGUCCGUCAAAGGCUAGAGCAUCUGGCCCAUGAAAAGGCCGCUCUGCUUGCUCUUUGGGAAGAGCGCCGUAUUCUGUAUGAGCAGUGCAUGGAUCUCAGCUGUUUUAUCGUGACACCGAACAAGCUGAGACAUGGAUGA